GAGAGAGAGAGAGAGAGCUAUUUGUCUUCCUCGAAGCUUUUGAGGCAGAACACGCAAGACUCUGUUUUUCUAUAAUAUUGGAAUCAAAACUCAAAAGAUAAGGCUUUUGAGUUUUGAGGUAUUCUUCUCAGCAGCUAAAGCUCUGUGGGUGGAUAUGGCAGCUCGGAGACUCUCCUCCUUACUCUCUCGCUCCCUCUCGGCCGCUUCUUCUUCUUCUUCUUCUUCUGGUUCUGCAGCUUCUCUGGUUCGCUCUCGAGGGAGAAGUGUUAGCAGGUUUAGCAGUACUUCUGUAGCAACUGAGGAGUUAAUCAUUCCACCUGUUCAAAUUAGUCACACUCAGCACCUAAUCAAUGGGAAAUUCGUUGACGCUGCGUCAGGAAAAACAUUUCCAACAUACGAUCCUCGUACAGGAGAAGUGAUUGCUCAUGUGGCUGAGGGUGAUGCAGAAGAUAUUAACCGGGCAGUAGCUGCUGCUCGCAAGGCAUUUGAUGAGGGACCGUGGCCGAAGAUGAGCGCUUAUGAAAGAUCACGGAUAUUAUUACGCUUUGCUGAUUUGGUUGAGAAAAACAGUGAAGAGCUGGCAGCUCUAGAGACAUGGAAUAACGGGAAGCCUUAUGAACAAGCUCUGACCGCCGAAUUACCAAUGUUGGCUCGUCUAUUUCACUACUAUGCUGGAUGGGCUGACAAAAUCCAUGGUCUAACUGUUCCGGCUGAUGGACCUUAUCAUGUGCAAACGCUGCAUGAACCAAUCGGUGUUGCAGGACAGAUUAUUCCAUGGAACUUUCCUCUACUCAUGUUUGCCUGGAAAGUUGGGCCUGCACUGGCUUGUGGUAAUACGAUUGUCUUAAAGAGCGCUGAGCAGACGCCUCUGACUGCCCUCUAUGUGGCCAAGCUAUUCCAAGAGGCUGGUCUUCCUCCGGGUGUUCUAAACGUAGUUUCUGGAGAUGGGCCAACUGCUGGUGCUGCUCUUGCCAGUCAUAUGGAUGUGGACAAGGUAGCUUUCACUGGAUCAACUGAUACUGGAAAGAUUAUUCUUGAAUUGGCUGCAAGAAGCAAUCUUAAGCCUGUAACAUUAGAGCUCGGAGGGAAAUCACCGUUCAUUAUAUGUGAAGACGCUGACAUUGAUCAUGCUGUGGAGCUUGCGCACUUUGCUCUCUUCUUUAAUCAGGGGCAAUGUUGCUGUGCGGGGUCUCGUACUUUUGUACAUGAGCGUGUGUAUGAUGAGUUCAUAGAGAAAGCAAAGGCACGUGCUGUGAAACGUGUUGUUGGCGAUCCCUUUAAGAAGGGCGUUGAACAAGGCCCUCAGAUCGACAAUGAGCAGUUUGAGAAGGUCCUUAGAUACAUAAGAGCCGGCAUCGAUAGUGAUGCUACCCUUGAAUGUGGAGGUGGAAGAUUGGGCUCCAAGGGAUACUUCAUCCAGCCUACUGUUUUCUCAAAUGUUAAGGAUGAUAUGUUGAUAGCAAAGGAUGAGAUCUUCGGCCCAGUGCAAUCAAUUUUGAAAUUCAAGGAGCUCGAUGAAGUGGUCCGAAGGGCAAAUGCAACACGCUAUGGUCUAGCUGCCGGAGUUUUCACCAAGAACAUUGACACCGCCAACUACUUGACACGGGCAUUGAGGGCUGGGACAGUCUGGGUGAAUUGCUUCGACGUGUUUGAUGCUGCAAUUCCUUUUGGUGGAUACAAGAUGAGUGGAAUAGGCAGAGAGAAGGGAAUCUACAGCCUUCAUAACUACUUGCAGGUGAAGGCUGUUGUCACUCCUUUGAAGAAUCCGGCAUGGUUGUAGAAGACCGAACCAUAUGCUCCGAUUUACGUGGUUUCAAAUUAUAAAGAUACACAAAGUCUGUCUGGAAUCGAAAGAAGUUGACGAGUUUCUGGUAGCAUAAAGACGUUGUACUGUUUUAUGGGAAUGCUUCAAAAAGUUUCAUCCGUUCAAAUUUUAGUGAUAUUCAGCGUUCAUUU